AUAUCCCGUGUUGUGUUCGCUCGCUCGCUCGCUCGCUCGCUCGGAGGUGGGAGUGAUCGCCGCCUCCGGCACGUCGGAAAACUACGUGAUGGAUCAGUCGGUGUUGGACGUACCCGUGCCAUCCAUCGUGGCGCCCCUCGAUCUCUCGAUCGUCACUGAAACGAGAGGCAACAACAGGGAAAGACGCGACGACGACGACGAGGACGACGACGACACGCUGCCACGUGGUCGCCAUGCCGGGGAACGUGAGGGUAAGGUUAUCGAGGAGUCGCCCUCUCGCUUCGUGGGUGAUCCAAUUCUUUCCCUCCCCCUCCUUUCCUUCGCAAGGAAGGCUUUGCUUGGAAAGGAGAUUGGAAAAGUUUUACUGGUACAGCUGGCGCUGCUGCUGGUGGUGCACGGAUCGCUGGUCGUCCUUGUUGCUGGAAAAUCCAUUCCACGAGUGAUCGACCAGGACUUGGAGAGAUACGAGCCCCUCGAAGAGGAGGAUCAUCAGGGUGUAAGGGUUCCUUUCAAGCUGGAGGAGACUUACGAUCAAAGUUUCCGGGCGAACAAUUUCAACGGUACCUGGAAAACGGACAGGGAAAUCCUUUAUUCGGAUAACUACGUCGGCGAUAUUCGAUUGUUCGACGUUACGACCGGGUUGGGUACCGUUCUCCUCGAUUCGUCUGUGACGGCCGAUUUCGAUAAAGCCUCCGUGAUGUUUUCUUUCGACAAUUCCUACGUAGCCAUCGGCCACGACUACAUAACCGGAUUUCGAUACUCGAUACACCAAAAGUGCACCGUGUACGACAUUAAAUCCAGAACGUUCACGGAUAUCGCGAAUGGCGAUCGCAUACCACUGUUCAAAUGGUCGCCCACGAGGAACGCUUUGAUUUACGUUCACAAGAACGAUAUCUAUUAUCAGGUGUUCUUCGAGGGUGGCAGCGACACUCGAAGAAUAACGAACACCGGCGUCCCCGACAUCGUUUUCAACGGGAUACCCGACUGGGUUUACGAGGAGGAAGUGCUGGGCUCACCCGUCGCAUUCUGGAUCUCGCCCGAUGGACAACAUCUUGCUUUCGCAACCUUCAACGAUACCAACGUCCACGAUAUCGUAAUAUCUAAAUACGGCUCUCCUGGAAACUUGAGAGAUCAAUAUCCGAACGAGAUCAAGAUAAAAUAUCCAAAAGCGGGUACUACGAACCCAUUCGUGUCCCUGAGCGUGAUCGACUUGCACAAUCCCUCCUCGAAAUUGAUCGAUCUUCGGCCGCCUAUAGAUGUCGUUGGAGCAGAUAACGUUCUUUAUACCGCGAACUGGAGGAGGGACGGCGAAAUUGUUGCAACGUGGACGAACAGGGUGCAGAACAAGGCCCAAUUAGUGCUCUACGACACGAAGGGUAACGCUAAUAAUAUUUAUUACGAGGAGGAGACCGAGGGUUGGCUUCGUAUCCAAUCGCCCCUCUAUCACAACCAAUAUGUGAUCAUUGUGAAGCUUCAAGACUCGGGAACGAAGGCCGGACGGUUUCUGCACGCGACCAGGUUCGAGUACAGGAACGGGUUCCUAGUAGACGAGACGGAUUUGACGCCAGGAACGAACGAGGUCGUAUCCCUGUUGCUCGUCGACCACGCAAGAAGUAGGCUCUAUUAUUUAGGCACGGAGCUAGCCAAACCUUCCCACAAAAACCUGUACUCCGUGCAAUUGGAGGGCAACGAGCCGCCCCUUUGCUUGUCGUGCGAGCUUCUCACCCCCGAGGGGAAUCAUUGCACCUACGCCUACGCCUACUUCUCCAUCAACGCUUCUCAUUACGCGUUGCAUUGCGCCGGCCCCGACCCGGUCUUCAUCACCAUCAUGAACGCGAACCAUAGGCAGAUCUUCAUUUGGGAGGAAAAUCGAUCGCUGAGACGGAAGGUGGCAGGUCGAACGCGACCUGUGAUCAAGAAUUUUAACGUGAACGCGAACGGGUACACGAACAAGGUUAAACUUUAUCUGCCGCCCGAUUUCGACGAGAAGAAAAAGUAUCCCCUGUUGAUCAACGUCUACGCAGGGCCGAACACUGUUAGGAUUACAGAGGAGGCGACGUACGGGUUCGAGUCGUACAUAGUGACCAACAGGAGCGUAAUUUAUGGGCGCAUCGAUGGGCGUGGAUCAGCUUACAAAGGCAGCAAGAUGCUAUUCGAGAUCUAUCGACGACUCGGCACCGUCGAGAUCGAGGAUCAGAUUGUUAUCACGAGAAUCCUGCAGCAAAAGUAUUCGUGGAUCGAUUCAAACAGGACGGGUAUAUGGGGUUGGAGUUACGGCGGUUUCUCGACCGCCAUGGUGCUGGCCACCGACACCGAAUCGGUGUUCAAAUGUGGUAUAUCAGUCGCACCUGUGACCUCUUGGAUUUAUUACGAUUCCUUGUACACGGAACGGUUCAUGGGUCUGCCCACCCCUGAGGACAAUCAGAGGGGUUACAACGACACGGACGUGAGCAGACGGGUGGAGGGUAUACGUGGGAAAAAGUACAUGCUGAUACACGGAACCGCGGACGACAACGUGCACUAUCAACAAAGCAUGAUGCUGAACAAGGCUUUGGUGAACGGCGACAUAAUGUUCCAGCAGCAGACGUACACGGACGAGGCGCACGCCCUCGGAAACGUCUUCCCCCAUCUUUACCACACCAUGGACCGAUUUUGGGCCAAUUGUCUGGGAUACUCGAUCGCCCACUGACCCGUACCCCCUCGAUUCGUACCCGGAUCAACGAACCGGUAUAAACCCGUGACACGACGAGUUGCCAUAGCAUUGACCUAUCAUCCAACAUGGUGGACGUUGCCGACCGCAUCUCGGCCCCUGUAUUCACCGUAUCCACCAACGUCGAAUCGAUCGAUUCGAAUAAAUAGCUGGACAGUCCGCGUGGUUUAAUUCUCCGACGCCUCUGAGGAUUUUCGAGAUUUUAGUAGUUUUCCUUCUAAACUUCUUUCGAAGGAGGAAAAAAGGAAAAGAAGGGGGGAUGAUGCAUUCGAAAUUCGGUAAUUUCGUAAUGGCGUUCGAAUGUGUCUUCUCUCCUAGGCUGGAACGAGGCGUGAAUGUUGCCUUCAAAGGGGUCGCGGUUGAAUCGAUACUUAAGAAUGCUCGUUGCAUUUCCGAUGACAGCCGAGUAAGUGGAUCGCGUGGAAGACGCGUAUAUUUUUAUUUUGUUUCUUGUUCUUUUUUUUUCGUAUUUAUUCCUUUUUUCUUCAUCUGCUUAUUAUCGUCGAAAUUUUUCAAUGCGUCUUCGAAAGAGAGAGAGAGAGAGAGGGAGAGAAUUUUUAUUGGAGUACAAUCUUAUUGGAUACGGUAAUUUUUGUCGUCCACCGAGAUAAAUCUGUUGAAACGAUUGUUAAUAAAUCUAUUCUUCUUUCGAUUUA